AUGGCCCUUCCAGUCAGCAUUGGCGAUGCGAUACUAUGUACUCAACUUCUCUAUACUUUCUACAAGGACUACCACGAGUUCCCCUCCUCCCAUAAUAGACUGCAUACUAGAUUGAAGACAGCCGACAUAAAACUCAAGGAUCUCACCAAGUUCAUUACCGAGGAUUCGCACGCCGAGCCGACGUUGAUAUUUGGGCCUCUAACUGAAAAUCAAGAUUCAUUACUUAAAUGUACGGCGCUCUACGACAACAUCCGAGCUGUUCUCGAUAAAUACGAUCCCUCCCAAGAGACAUCGAGCAAAAGUAAACCGGUCAUCACGAAGGCCAAGUGGGCCGUCUGCAAACGAAGGUCCAUCAUGGCUCUACUUGAAGAGCUCGAGCAAAAUAUGGGACCUCUUAAAGAGCAAAUGAAAGUUUUCGAUUUGUAG